AUGUCAACGGCUGCCCGGCGUCGCUUGAUGCGCGACUUCAAGCGCAUGCAGACCGAUCCUCCUGCUGGGGUGAAUGCCGUAAUUAUAGGCCCGGCGGAUACACCUUUUGAAGAUGGCACAUUUCGACUUGUCAUGCAGUUUGAAGAGCAAUACCCCAACAAGCCUCCCCAGGUCAAAUUCAUCAGCCAAAUGUUCCACCCCAACGUAUACGCCACCGGCGAGCUGUGCUUGGACAUUCUGCAAAACCGAUGGAGUCCGACGUACGAUGUCGCUGCCGUCUUGACUAGCAUCCAGAGUUUACUUAAUGACCCCAACACUGGUUCACCAGCGAACGUCGAGGCCUCGAAUCUCUACAAAGACAACAGAAAGGAGUAUACUAAGCGUGUCCGAGCAACGGUCGAGAGCAGCUGGGAAGACUAA